AUCCCCCUUCACCCGACCCCCCCCCCCCCACACACACACGUCCCUUUCUCUCUCCCCCUCUCACUUUCUCCCUCACUUGCUCCUCAUCUCUAUGUUGACUUUUAUUCAUUGCUGUGCAUGGGCAAGGAGGGCCAACAUGGGCUGUUUGGGUCUAUUUGCCCUUCUAACGCUUCAGUGUUUCCAGUGGACAACUGCCCCCGCUGCCGAGGAGGUUUCCUGGACCUACUAUGGCUUGGUGGGACAGUCGGAGUGGUCGCAGUACUUCCCCGACUGCGCCGGCACCUCUCAGUCCCCCGUUGAUGUGAUUACCACUCAGACUAAAUACGACCCAAAUUUGACCCCCCUGACCCCGCUGGGCUACAGCCAGCACGGCAACAAGCCCUUCACCAUGUACAACAGUGGACACACAGUGGUCAUUGAGCUGCCUGAAUGGAUGGGAAUAGGGGGGCUGCCCUGGCUCUUCACGGCCGUGCAAAUGCACCUGCACUGGGGCAGCGGCGGCCCGAGUCACGGGGGCAGUGAACACACCAUCAACGGACUGAGUGCAGAUGCAGAGCUACAUGUGGUGCACUACAACUCUGAGCUCUACCCCAACGUGUCCACGGCAAUGACGCAGAGUGACGGCUUGGCUGUUUUAGGAAUUCUCAUUGUGACGGGCGAGGAGACCAACGCAGCAUUUAACAACAUCCUCAACUACCUGAGCCGCAUCAGACACGCUGAUCAGAAGGUGUUCAUUCCGGCCUUUGACGUCCAGACACUGCUGCCGACGGACCUGGGACGCUACUACCGGUACAACGGCUCCCUGACAACGCCGCCCUGCUACCAGAGUGUGACGUGGACCGUGUUCAACGAGAGGGUUCAAAUCUCAAAGGCACAGCUGCUGAAGCUGGAGACAAUACUUUACUCCAGUAAAGCUAAAGAUGCAGACAGGAUGCUGCUGCAGGACAACUACCGCGCGACGCAGCCGAUCAACCACAGGGUCGCCUUCGCCUCCUUCUCUGCAGAAUCAGGGAAGGAACUCUCCUCCGGUGAAGUCACAGCCAUAGUGAUAGGGGUGAUGUGCGGCUGCGUCGGUCUGGCGGUCAUCGUUCGCUUCAUCGUGAAGACGAUACGGUUUUUUACACUCCUGCGCCGUGAAUCAGUCGUGGUAAACAGCUCUACCUCUAGCUGGGACGUCCUACCCAGUAACCGGCCUGCUCCCCUGUCAAGGACGAAGGAGCCAGAGAAAGAGAGGAAAGAGAAAACACAAGACGUGGCCCUGAAGCCGACGCCUGAGGCCGAAAAGAGAGAAGAGCCUUCGCCGUCUCCUCAGACUGAGCUCUAGCUGAAGCAACGCACCAGCCGGAGCAGGACGGCUGGGCAAUGGCUUCUCUCACAGCUUUUCUCCCACUCGCCCUCUGUCUCCUAAUCAGUCAUCAAACAUCUGCUAAGAAUGACGCUCCCUGCCAGCUCUCCAAGUGGAACAACGGCUUCGACACGUUUCUCAGACGCCACUUGGGCUCUGGUACCCCAUCUUCUCUGGACCACAACCAGUGGGAGGUUUACAUCAAGAACAACGGGGGGUGUGGCAGACCCACACAGUCGUUCCUGCCCGAAAGCAGCGAGGCCAGAGUGAAGGCCGUGUGCACCAACCAAGGGGGGGUGGUGUACAAGGACAACCUGUGCAUCAGCCGGCAGCCCUUCACCUUCGUCACGGUGAGGAGCGAGCAGGGGACGUGCAGCAUCAAGAGCGUCAUCAGGGAAACCAAACAUCUGAUCUUGGCCUGUGAGGAGUUGGGCAACCAGUGCCUGCCGGUCCAUUUUGAGGGAAACCCUACGAGUGCAGCGCCGGACAACAACGCCAGAGGCUGCCAGGAGACGCGCAGCAGUGACGACGCUCCCAGCUUUAAAAUGACGUGGAUCUGGUUGUUAUUGGCGGUUCUUGUUAUUGUUUAUGGCUACCAACGUUGAUUUGAGAAACGACAGAGGGCAUUGAGACCUCUCAAGAAAAAUCUUAAUUUGAAAAGUGUUUGUUUUAGAAAUCAUUUUUAAUGUUGGAUCAGCAACAGGUCAACCAUAUGUAUUGAAAGGGAAAAGUAUUACAUUUCAGGCUGCAUCACGGGGAGAUAAUGAGAAGGCACGAAAUGCAUUUCACUUUAUUUAAUAUGACAAUGUCUAAGAAUGGCACAGUUGUGUAUUUGACAUUGAAAGGCAUCAAUUUAAUUUCUGUAUGAAAUGCAUCUGAUUAAAUGUUAAACAUUAAUGGAAUGAUUUAAAUAAACAAGAUAUUUCCACAAGAA